GAAGAGUCAUACUUAAAGCUUACUGUGAGGUUUCUAUAUUAUUGAAAUAUAAAUUAAGAGCUUUUUAUUUUAUACGGAAAAGAGGUUUUGAUAGUAUCAGCAAGCCCCAGCCUCGUCAUGACAGGUUUCGAUCAGCUCGAUCAAAAUGCCCUUGGAAUUGCGGCAUUAAUUUUUUCGGUUGUGGCAUUGCUGCAGAUGUGCUUGCUGGUUUUCCGGCAGCUUCUCCUAAGUGCUGAGGGAUACCAUCGAUGUACGGAAUCUGUGAUAGGGCUUUGGUCCAAAGGUACAUAUCGAAGGUUCAAUAUGAAGGAAUUUCAAUUCGAAGUUAUUUUCGAAAGUCCAAUCAUUUCUAUUGCUUCUUUAAUCAAUAAAAGCCAUCCGAUUAGAAAAAAAGAAAUAUUCUAUGUAGAUGGAACACCAACAUCAUAUCGAGACACAAAACUUUUUAAACGAGAUCAAGGAGGAGAGAGAAUACGAAGGAUCCAUAUGGCGGACGAUGAACAAUCAACUUGGAUUACCUUACUAUCAAGCCUACAGCUCAAGGAACUAACAUCUCGAGCCUGGGAUAAGCAAGUACGGUCAAAAAACCCACAUAUAAAUGAAUUGAUCAUGGGCCCGGAGUACGAGCUCGCUGUGGGUAUACAAGUCAGAACAAGGUCUUGGAACUUUGUUCCAACUGGCGUGACUAAACCAUAUGCAACUACCACUAUAUCUCAUAUAAUUGAGAUUAUGGCCUUAAUGGGAAUGUACUGGAGAGUGUUUGAUCAGAUACAAUGGAAGCUAAGAGCGGAAGGAAACAGUUUUAUUGUUACCUCAGAUAUUGAUCAGAGCUUAGGAGUUAUAAUUAGAUUCACAAUCACGGGGCGUCGUCGUUUGAGAAAAACUCUGUUAUUCCUUCUAAUCAUAUAAAAGAACUCUGCUUUGGAUCCGUUCCAAACAUAUUUGAGGAUGGUAAGUAUCUGGGGGAAAACUCGGAGUCUCAGGGCUUGUUUCUCAACUUUGGGAGCCAAAAUGAUGUUGAAUUGACUUUGGAGUCUAUUGGAUGUAUGUCUGAGAUAACCAAAAGGUAUAAGAAGAAUCACAAACAUUUAUUUCCAGUCUCUUUCGAAAUAAUUGGUAUGCUUGGAAAAGUAGUUCGGCUCCGUGGGAGUGCUUUUAAAAUGAUUCCAAAUCCUACACAGGACUAUUCGCUAAAGAAAGUUGGCACAAAGCCUUCUUGGAGCAUCAUCAGACUUAUGACUGCAUUUCAAAAAAAGCUUACUGAGCUUGCCGAGCUCGAGGAUUAUAGCAGUAUUCAUCCCGAGAAGCAUGUAAUCUCUGCGAUCAUUGAGCAAUGGCAAGAAACUGAAUCUCUCGGCUAUACGAAUGAAUACGAUCUCGACAUCGAGGUCCAAGAAAAGAUACAUGGUAUUCUCGAUCAAAGGACCGAGUUUCUACUAGAUGGGACUAAGCAAACGGAUGUCCUUCGAGUGAUAGUAGCUCACCUUGACAAGGUUACAAAAGCUCUUAAUGAUGAUACUUCUCCUCUCAGCUUCAUCAAUUCUGUUAAUAAAGAAGAAGCUCUGAUCGAUUUCUACUUCGAUACAAUUCUUUUCAGUAUCACGGAUGGUGCAGAUACAGAUGAGAAAGAGCAAAAGCACAUCGUAUGGGUUUCUUUAUUAUUCAGAAUGUUAUGUUGGUUCUUACUUCAUGAUUGGGAUAAGCAUGACAAGUGUAGAGUUCCCCCGGGUUUGAAAGGAAGUGGAAUGCCCAUAUACAUAGAGUGAUGAGAGGGAAUUGAACGCUCA